GGGUAACAUGUGACCUGUAUACCCAGGUGUUCGCAGAUAUAAAUAUACCCUGAUUAAAGUUAGAUUAUUAUUGCCUACGAAUUCUUUCGGAGUUGUUGGCAGGCUUUGGAAGAGAUAUGCAUUUUCAUGAAGCUGCUCUAGUAUUUUGCGGUAUUUAUACCGCAGUUUACUGUUUGCCAAAUGCUGGGAGAUACAGUAACACUGACGACAAAUAUUUAGAACUGGUUCGAAAGAUUGCGGACCAGGUUUUGGAAGAACAGCUUGAAACGAAGAUUGAACCACCUUACGAAGACAUAGAUAAAAGUUACUUUGCGGAUGAAAGGGAGGCCAAUGCUCGAGAACACGCAGAUGUUAAAAACUCGAAUUAUCCACCGUCCAUCAGUAAAGAGAACGGAUACCUACAGCUUGCCAGAGAAGUUGCUGAUCAGUACAUGGAAGAAAGGGCAAAAGAUCAAGAAUCGGUUGGUGGUAGAACUACAAGCGAUGCCUUACGUGCUUUCAAUCGCCAAAGUCUGAGGACACAGUUGAUUGCGGAACAAAAUGAAAGAAGUGAAGCCGAACUGCAGACUCUACUUCUAUUAGCUUCAGAUGGAAAUUCAGAUAGCCAUCAACAGCGGCACAUGAUUGAUUUAACAGCCAAGUCAGCUAAACCUGAUCGGUCGUGCAACAUAAAUGUGAACUGUUCGGACGAUGAAAACUUAAAUUUAGUUGACGGCAAGGAGUUUCGGACAAUCAAUGGCACUUGUAACAACAAAAAUAACUAUACUUGGGGAAUGGCGGGGGCUCAGCAUCGCAGAUUGUUACCAGAUGCCUACGGAAAUGGAAGAUGGUUAAUGCGAACACGAGGAACUAAUGGGCAACCUUUACCUUCUGCACGUAAAAUCAGCAACACAGUUCAUAAAACAACAACACCAAAGAUUGAUAACAACGAUUCUAUUUCCCUCGCUUUAUUCUACUUUAUGCAAUUCAUUGACCACGAUCUGGCAAAAACUCCUGAAGGUGAAAUUUCACGCAAUAGGAAUUGUUGCAAGGAAAACCCAGAAAAACCUAGAGCGUUCUGUAUGCCGAUAAUAGUUGAUGAAGCCGACAACCAUUUCGAGAAAGGUUAUUGUAUGGACAGCAGGCGAAGCUUUACUUUAUUUCGUUGUAAUGAUAAUACGAAAUUCCAGAAUCAGAUCAAUGACGUCACAGCUUAUAUGGAUGCCAGUAUGGUAUACGGGUCCAGCGGAAAAGAAGAGAAAACUCUAAGAUCUUUCAUUGGAGGGCAUAUGAAAGAGAGUACCAGGCAGUUUAUGCCGAACUCUACACAUGCUUCUGAACUACCCUGCAUUUUGAAAGGAGAAGGCCCUCAGUUUUGUUACGAAGCUGGUGACACACGAGCUAAUGUACACCCUGGCCUCACAACAUACCAUACGCUCUUUGUGCGUGAACACAACCGGAUCGCUAAAUUGCUUGCUGACGUAAACAAUAAAUGGAGUGACGAAAGACUCUAUCAGGAAACAAGAAAGAUAAUUGGAGCACAGAUACAGCAUAUUGUUUACACAGAGAUGCUGCCAGUCCUCAUACGAGAAGCUGAACUGGAAAAGUUUGAAGUUAAGAAAGAAUACAACUAUUGUAAAUCCUGCGAUGCAUCAAUGACACAGGCGUUUUCCAUGGCGUAUAGGUAUCACCAUUUAAUGCCACACGAACUGCAUCUCGGUAAAAUAAAGGGUGGGAAAGGUGAAAACGACGGGCAUGUCAAACAAGAACUGGCGUUUCAAAGACCUUCUUCUCUGCAUAACAAUAGUUACAAUGGCAUAAACGAAGUCGCCAUUGGCAUGGUCGUGAGCAGUUGCCCUUAUGUCAAUAGUUUGAUGAACAGUGCUACACGCGAUCUGCUAUUCUUGGAUGAACGUAACAACUCGGUAGAUCUUGUGGCACUGAACAUAAUGCGCGGAAGAGAGUGGGGAAUGCAACCUUACACUAAAUAUCGUGCAUUAUGUGGUCUGGGUAAUGCUACAUCGUGGGACGACCUGAAAAAUACAACCGAUCUUGACGAAAUCAAUAAGAUGAAAUCUGUUUAUGCGAGUGUAGAGGAUGUAGACCUAUGGGUUGGUGUUGUUACAGAAAAAAAACUGGUUGGAUCUAUCUCUGGUGCAACCCAGUCUUGCCUAUUGGCCAAACACUUUGCAAAUGUCAAACACGCAGAUAGGUUUUGGUAUGAAAACAGUUUUAGCCAAACCCAACUCAACCAAAUAAAGAAGACUACUCUGGCGAGAGUUUUAUGUCGCAACCUGCCGGAUGUUGGUGUUAUGAGAAAACAAGUCUUCCGCACGAACUCACCAUGGAUACCUUGCUCCGAUAUCAUUAGUGAUAGUGGAGGCGACAUGGACUUUGAAAGCUGGCAUAAUUAAGGAUGUUAACCCAUAAUCUGGGAUGUCAUUGGUAGUUUAAGAGUACAAUUGAAACAAAAAAGAAACGUAUAGAACGGUGGUCAAAACAUAAUAAUUUUCUAGCAGCCAACAUUUAAGUCUGGAAAGUUGGUAAACGACUGCUAUAAUUCAGUUGAUUUGGUAUUAUGAUGUGUAAUUUAACAGGUGUACUUAACUAGGAUAUCUAAAUGACAACCCGUUAGAAUUGUCUACUAAUAAAAUUGAGCAAUUCUGCGUCUUAAAUUUAGUAUAUAUUGUGGCAUUUUGUACAUAGUUUGUUAUCGUAACAAAACGUUUUCCAUAUGUUUAUGUUGAAUGUAUGAACCUACAUAUAUUCCUGAAAAAUUUAACACAAUGUUUGCAUUUGCUUUCUCUGAUUAUAUGCUGCAUGAAAAUAAAUAGCAUGGCAAAAAUGUAUGUAAGCGUUGAGGUAACUUGAUUUAUCAUGGACUUCAUUUGGAAAGUACGUUAAAGACGGCGUAUUUAUGUAGCAAAUGUGUUGUAUUAAUUUUUCAGUUUUUAUUUUAUUUUAUUCUUUUCAUGCUUACCUGCUUGUCAGUCUAUUUUGCCUUGCUUAUACCGUCUGUGUUAAUAAAUUUCUUUGCAUAUUA